CGCUCUUCUUGUUUGAUCCGUAUUAGGGAAACUGAAAUUGCUUGAUGUUAAGAUUAUUCUAAGCUGCAUAUAGCUUCUAAAAUUUUCGUUGCCGUUCAAUAGUUUUAAGACGUGAUGAUUUUGCAUUUAGGAAGCAGCAAGCUGCUCCUUAUAUAUACACGUUAUUUAUAUAUACAGUAUACAUAUUGAUAUGAAAGAACAUUUGGCCCAAAAGAACUUAAUUAAAACAAGUGCAGCCUCACUGCCGGGGAAAAAAUGCAGCUCUGCUCCACUUCUCGCACUGCCGUCAAUCUUCACCGCCACCAGUCACCAGGAACCACCGCGGCGGCCAGAUCGGAUUUAAGGGGAGGUAGUAAAAUGGCCAGCUAUCUUUGGAGGAAAUAUGCAGACUAUUUGUACACAAAGUGGGAGAGAACCAUUCUCUGGGACAUGAUUGAACCGUACAGAAGACCCAAAUCCUUCACUCCUUUGGUAACCAUUUAUAUUGCUGCUUUCUACACUGGAGUCAUUGGGGCUGCUAUCACUGAGCAACGCUACAAGGAAAAAUACUGGGAAGAGCACCCUGGGGAAGCUGUACCUCUCAUGAAACCACAGUUUUAUGGUGGUCCGUGGAGGAUAAUGAGAGGAGAGGUUCCUCCAACUGGCUGAAAAGCUCUGGAGGCUUAUUUCUUACUUUCUUCCUAUCUACCUCAUGUUGCUACUGUUAUACAAAAUCAAUCAUGCUUUGCUGUUUUCUAGAUAUCGUUAAGGGAAAAUUAAUCUUUUAGUCCUCCAACUUUUAACUCACUUGUAACUCAGUCCCUCAACUAUGACUCAUUGCGACCCAGUCCUUCAACUAUAACCCGUUGUAACUCAGUCUCUCAACUUUUGAUUCCCUUAUAAUUCGGUCCUUAUUUUUUAAUAUUUUUUUAAAUUUCCUUAUCAAAUAAGAAAGAUAAAAUAAAUGUUUAUAUAUUAUUCUAAAAUACCUUCCUUUUGUUCUUUGAUGUGAAAAAAAAGUGAAAUAAAAAAAGUUGAGAGACUAAAUUAUAAGUGAUUCAAAAGUUGAGGGACUGAGUCAUAAGUGAGUCAUAGUUGAGGGACUGAGUCACAGUGAGUCAUAGUUGAGGGAUUGAGUUAUAAAUGGAUUAAAAGUUGAAGAACUAAAAGAUUAAUUUUCCCUAUUGUUAAAAAGGACCCUUCAGAGUAGUAUAUCAAAAUAAAGUUCAUGAGCCAUUUACUAGUUAUUACUGGACCUUUGCAAUAACAAUGAUGUAUAACGUGACUUCUAUGAUAGAACCAACCAUAUAUUAUUGAAAUAUAUUUUUUUAAAAAAGUUAAUAGGUUUUGUUUUUAUGAAGGAACUGAUACGUGGGAAAUGCCACAAUUUUAUAUAUUAAUGUAUUGAUACUGAUAUAUUGAUCACUCA